AUGGCAGACGCAGAGGUGAAACCCCAGCGUAAAGAUCUACCGGUCGAACAGGCACGCGCAGAACUAUCACGUCAUUUCUCGGAAUAUCGAGGCUCCGAAUACGCGGAAGGAUGGGCCAAGCUUUGGUCUCAAGGUGACUUCCUGCCCUGGGACAGGUUCGCUCCAUCACCUGCUUUGGCGGAUACUCUGGUAAACCACGUCGAGUUGGUAGGGCAUGCGCUGGUGGAAGAAAAUGGCGAGAAACGGCGAAAGAGGGCGUUAGUGCCGGGCUGCGGGAGGGGCGUGGACGUGUUGCUGCUCGAGAGCUUUGGCUAUGAUGUGGUGGGAUUGGAAUAUGCCGAGGGCGCUUUCAAAGCGGCUCAGGAGUAUGCCGCUGAGCAUGCGAAAGAGUAUCCCGUUCACGAUGAAAAGGUGGGAAAGGGGAGUCGAAAAUUUGUGAGAGGUGAUUUCUACAAGGACGAGUGGCUUGUCGACGCGGGUCUUGAGAAGGACACCAAGUUCGAUCUGAUUUACGAUUACACUAAUCUCCUUCAGAUGGAGCAUUUGAGCCACCCUGGAGUUGAGAUCAAAUACAACGAUGCAGGAAGUGUCAUGAUGAACCCUUUUGCACCGGACAGCCCCAAUGCUCUGGAAAGGGUUGGCCACUGGCACCCUGCAGAUACCCACAAGGUUGGUAAGGAUGCCGAUGGGAAUGUCGAGGAUUAUAUUGCCGUUUGGAGACAUCACUGA